UGUGUAUGAUUUGCGCUGGUUCCUUAUGCCAGUUAAUGUUGAUGAGAUAACAUGUUAAUACAACAUACUGCAAUAUUUUUUUCUUCUAUAGGUUUGUUGUCAUUACACAGCUGUGAAGGCGCGCAGCGCCAUUUGUAAUUUCGAAUAUUAAUGGUUUACAAUACAUCAAGCCUCACUCCGCACAAGAACGGGUCUCGCUUCAGCUCCCUUCCUCUUCCUUUUCCUCCACUUCCUCCACUUCUCUGUCCAUCCCCCCCCCCAUCCUUCGUCCACAUGGCGUUCUCCUCCCUCGCCCUCUUCCUCCUGCUGGUGCUCGUGGCGGCCGCGACGGAGCCUGAGGAAGUCCCCCGGCUCACCGUCAGCCUGUCUUCCCCCUACUGCAAGCAGGUCGACAGUUCCGUCAGCUGCGACUUCAAGGACACGGAGGAGCCGGUGUUCCUCGACGAGCUGCCGACCCCCAGGACCUCGAAGGUCUUCCUGCACAACGCCGGCAGCGUGACGGUGGCGGCAAAGGUGUGCAUUCACCUGGCGUUCUUCAGCGUCUCCAGCAUCACCUUCGCCAAGAACAGCGAGUGCCCCGCCGACGCCAAGACCUCCCUCCGGCUGGUCGACUCAGGGGCCAACCUCGUGCCUCCUCAGGUGAUCCGCCUCGACAUGGAGGACUCGUCGGCGACGGUGCUGGAUACCGAGGCGGAGAUGGAGUCCCUGAACCUCCAGAGAUCCUCGCUGGGCGUCCUGCACGCGCCGAAGCCUUUCCGCGCCAACACCAUCAUUAAGCUCGAGCACUCGACCAUCUCCUCGCUCGACGGACUCGUCUUGGAGGGCUCCCAGCUCCUCAUGAUCAACACCACCGUCGACACCAUCAGGAAGCAUGCCAUCCAGCUGAGGGACUCCUCGGGCAGCAUCUGGGUCAGCUCCUUCAGGCAGACGUACGACCAGGCGCUGCUGCUCGGGGCCAAAUCCACGCUGACGCUCAAAGGCGUCGAUGGGAAGAUCACGCUGGCCGGGUCGGAGGAGGCCUCAAGUCUCCGGCACAUACCGACUACUACUGCGCCUCCUCCUACUACAAGUCCUCCAUCUCGAGAACCUUUGCCACCUGGAGUGCCUCCCAAGAACCGGGCGAAGGACCUUCCAGCACCCUGUCCGCGCGGUUCUAGCAUAUUCUGGCUCCUUCCGACGGGCGUGGCGCUAGUGGAAGCAAUGAUCAUCAUGAUCAACUGCACCAACUGGUUUCCGGCUCUCAAGAGCGGGCGCUUCCGAAGGGGCGUGGAGGAGGGCGGGCGGCGCACGAACACGCUGGAGGGCGUGGCGACUUCGUUCAAUCCUAUCCCUGCGUUCUACUAUAGCAAUGAGCCGGCCGGGUUUCCAAGCACGACUAUGCGGAACAGGCACGAUAAAGUGGCUUGAUUAUGAAGACCAAGGAUAGACGGAUUAUAAACAAUGUUAUUCUCUUCUUUUGGUGGCGUCAGCAACCUCUUUUCUCGUAUGUUUUAUCGGGGUUGGGACUGCACCAAUCGUGUGUGCUUGUAUGUGUUGUGUGUUCCUGUGUGUGUGGGCGUGUGUGCUUAUGUGUGUUGUGUGUUCCUCUGUGUGUGUGCGUGUGUGUGUUGUGUGCCUGCGUGUG